UAAAAAUGGCUACUUUUGAGUGUUUCUGUUUGUAAAAUCACGUUGUUGUAUUUUUAAAUGAUAUACGUAUAAUCUUUGCUAUAUAAUUAGUAACAGAAUAGUUAAAACAUUGAAUUGUUUUAUAAAUUUUCAUUUCGCAAAUCUGUAAAUCUAAAGAUGGAAGAUACAAAAGAUCGGAAACGAAAGAAGGAGAAACAUUCAGAAAAUGAUGAUUAUUCUAGGGAAAGAAAGUCUAAAAAAUACAGAUCAAAGUCUAGAUCACCCGACAGACGUCGAGAGGACCGUGACAGGGACAAUGAAAGAGAUUCAUAUAGAAAACGACGACGUUCCCGCUCCCGUUCACCAAGAGAAGGGCGGGAAGAAAAACGACGCAAUGAGGAACCAGAGGUAGAAAUUAAGAAAGAACCACCUCAAAGAAAAGCAAAAGAUACAGAUAUGUUGAACACAAGAACUGGUGGUGCGUAUAUUCCACCAGCACGUCUGCGGAUGAUGCAAGCUCAGAUUACUGACAAAUCUUCAGUUGCUUACCAAAGAUUGGCUUGGGAAGCCUUAAAAAAGUCAAUACAUGGUCAUAUUAACAAAAUUAACGUAGGUAAUAUAGGUAUAAUAAUAAAAGAACUUCUGAAAGAGAACAUAGUGCGGGGUCGUGGUUUACUCUGUCGGUCCGUUAUUCAGGCACAAGCUGCUUCACCGACUUUCACAAAUGUGUAUGCAGCGCUGGUAUCUGCUGUAAAUUCACGUUUUCCAAAUAUUGGGGAAUUAUUACUUAAAAGACUGGUCAUACAAUUCAAGCGUGGCUUCAAAAGGAAUGAUAAGCCGAUAUGCAUAUCAUCAGCCUCAUUUAUCGCUCAUCUUGUAAACCAGAGGGUUGCACAUGAAAUUCUUGCUUUGGAAUUAUUAACACUAUUAGUAGAGACACCUACAGACGAUUCUGUUGAGGUUUCUAUAGCAUUUCUAAAGGAAUGCGGCCAGAAACUUACAGAAGUAUCUUCAAAGGGUGUAAAUGCUAUAUUUGAGAUGUUGAGGAAUAUUCUGCAUGAAGGGCAGUUGGAUAAAAGAGUACAAUAUAUGAUAGAGGUGAUGUUCCAAGUUUGGAAGGAUGGUUUCAAAGACCAUCCCGCAGUUAUUGAAGAGUUGGAGCUGGUGCCAGAAGAGGAACAGUUCACUCAUCUCUUGAUGCUGGAUGAAGCCACGGAUCCACAGGAUAUCCUGAAUGUAUUUAAAUUUGACGACAAGUAUGAGGAGAAUGAAGAGAAAUACAAAACACUCAGCAAAGAGAUUCUCGGGUCUGAUGCUGAGUCUGGUGAUGAGGAUGGAUCUGGUGAAUCUGGUAGUGAAGAGUCUGGUAAUGAAGACGAAGAGCAGAAACCAGUCACUAUCAUUGACAACACAGAAACAAACCUUGUAGCGCUGCGGAGGACUAUAUACUUGACGAUCAACUCCAGUUUAGACUUUGAAGAAUGUGCCCACAAGCUGAUGAAAAUGCAGCUCAAGCCAGGACAAGAGAUAGAGCUGUGUCAUAUGUUCCUAGACUGUUGUGCUGAACAACGGACAUAUGAAAAGUUCUAUGGAUUGCUAGCGCAACGUUUUUGUAACAUAAACAGGAUAUACAUUGGUCCGUUUGAAGAAAUAUUUAAAGAUUCAUAUGCUACUGCUCAUAGGCUGGAUACAAAUAGACUAAGAAACAUCAGCAAGUUCUUUGCUCAUCUACUAUUUACUGAUUCAAUAAGUUGGGAAGCUUUGGAGUGUGUGAAAUUGAAUGAAGAAGAUACAACGAGUUCUAGCCGUAUUUAUAUCAAGAUCCUUUUCCAAGAAUUGGCUGAGUAUAUGGGAUUGAAGAAGCUGAACGAUCGACUGGCUGACCCGACAUUGCAAGAGGCAUUCUCUGGAAUAUUUCCAAGAGACAAUCCCAAGAACACAAGGUUUUCCAUUAAUUUCUUUACAUCCAUUGGUCUUGGUGGUCUAACAGAUGAACUCAGAGAGCAUUUGAAACAAAUGCCAAAGAAUGUACCUGCUCCAGCUGAGAUCAAAGUGGACAGUGAUUCGGAUUCUAGCUCGAGUUCCAGCAGUUCAUCAUCAUCUUCCAGUGACUCCAGUUCCAGCAACUCAGAAGAUGAUGAAGGAAAAAAGAAAAAGGACAAGAAGACCAAAAAGAAUAAAGAUAAGAACAAAACACCUAAAACACCAGAAGAGGAUAAAGCUGAAAAUGGCAAAGACAAAACUGAGCGAUGGGGCCAUGAUGGUUAUUAUGAAACCUAUGGCAAAGAUAAUUCCAGGGAGACUGAGAGGCAAAGAAGAUCUGAUCAGAACAGAGAUGGUGCUAGGCGUAAUGAUGACGGUCCCAGAAGACCAAAUGAUUUUGAUGGACAAUCACAAAACCUAAGGGGAAAUAAUAGGGGUCGUUAUAGGGAUGAUGGUCCUGAACAAAACGAUAGAGGAAAUGAGUAUAGGAGAAGGAAUGAAACAGGAGAUGUUAGAAAACGAAAUGACCGGGAUAAUGACAAUAGAAGGCGAAACAAUCAAGACAAUGAUGUAAGACAACGUAAUGAAAGAGAGGAGAAUAGUAAACGUCGCUACGAGAGGGAGGAUCAUGAUAAUCGACGCCCAGACAGGGAAAAUGAUAGCAAACGCCGGAAUGGUCGGGAAGAUAAUGAAAGACAAAAUAAUGACAGAGAAGACAACAGCGUGAGACGUAAUGAGAGAGCAGACGAUAGAAGUCGUAAUGACAGAGAGGACGAUGAUAGACGAAGGGGUGAAGAAUUAGAUGAUAGACGGCGUAAUAACAGAAAUGAUGAUGAUACGCGACGUAAGGACAAAGGGGAUGAUGAUAAGAGACGUGAGAACAUGAACGAUCGACAACGCAAUGACAGGGACGAUGGUGAUAGGCGCCGUAAUAAUAGGGACGACGAUCAUAGAAGACGUGAAGAGAGAUUAGAUGACAGACGACGUAAUAAUGAGGAUGAUGAUAGAAGACGCGAUGAGAAGGUGGAAGACAGGAGGCGCAAUGACAGGGAUGGUGAUGAUGAUGAUAGAAGACGUGAUGAUAGAGAAAAUGACAGGCGGCGUAACAACAGGGAAGAUGAAAAUAAAAUACGAGAUGACAGGGUGGAAAGCAAUCGCCAAGAGAAAUUAGAUGACAGGCGACGCAAUAAUAAGGAUGAUGAUGUUGAUCGAAGACGCGAUGAAAAGAGGGAAGACAGGCGGCGCAACGACAGGGAUGAUGAUAAAAAACCUAAUGACAGAGACGACGAUAGGCGACGUGGGGAAAGGGAUGAUGAUAGAAGGCGUGAUGAAAAGGUGGAAGUCAAACGGCGAAGUGGUAGGGAUAACGAUAAAGAACCUAAAGAGAGAAUCGAUGACAGGCGACACAAUGGCAGGGAUAACGAUGAUGGUCGGGAACGCGAUGAGAAACUGGAAGACAGGCGGCGCAAUGUCAGGGAUGAUGAUGAUGAUAGAAGACGAGAUGAUAGAGAAGACGACAAUAGAACACGUGAUGAGAGGGUGGAAAAUAAGCGACAAAAUGAUAGUGAUGAUGAUGAUGACGAUAAUGAUGUUAGAAAACGUAAAGAGAGAAAAGACAAAAAGCGACGUACUAACAAAGAAGAUGACAAUAGUAAACGUGACGAGAUGGUACACGACAGACGACACUCUGUCAGAGAGGAUAUUAAUAGACGAAACAAUGAUGGGCUAGAAGAUAGGAAACGUAGUGACAGAAAUGUUAACGAUAAAAAACUCAACCAUAAGGAGGAAGACAGGCGCGUUAAUGAUAGCGGUAGUGAAGAUGAUACCGACAGGAGACAAAACGAUACCGAUGACGAUGAUGAUAUGCGCAAAAAGCAUAAGAAGAGUAGAAAAAAGAGGCAAGAUACAAGAGAAGAUGAUUUAACAGAAGAAAAAGGUGAUGAUAAGAAACAUCGUAACGAUAAAGACAAACAUAAACGAACAAAAGAUAGGAAGGGUAGUGACCAAUUUGAUGAAUUUGAUAUAAAAAGAAAGAGUUACUUGAAAAGUGAAGUAAGAAACAUCAAAACUAGUACUAAUAAAACGUUAAAUGAAUUUGAUAUUAUAAGUAGAACCGAUAUAGAUAGGGCCGGCAAAUCAGGGCGACAAAAAGAUAUGGAAAUAAGGCAAAGUAAAAAUAAAAAUAAUGAUAAAAGAAAAAUGAAGAAACAGGACAGUAGCAGUGAGGACGAAGACAGUAGUAGCAGUUGCAGCAGCAGCAGCGAGAGCAGUAGCAGUAGCAGUGGCGACAGUAGCAGUAGUAGUGACGACAGUGAAAGUGACGAUACUCAACAUGAAUCUGUGAAACGUAAAGAUACAAAGCGCCAAGAAAAAGAUAGCUCUGAUUCUGAAGAUGAACAAAGUAGAAAAAAAAGAAGGAAAGUCAAAAACUCCAGACAAAAUGGGCACGAUCUUAAGCCUAAAGUAAAAAAUGAAAAAAUGCGUGAUGAAUCUCCAGAGGAAAGUACAAUUAAAAAAGAGAAAAAAUAUAACAAAGAAGAUGAGAGAAGAGAAAUUAGAAAGAAUAGAAAAACUGAUGAAGUAAAUAAAGAUAAAAGUAAUAACAAAAAUAGAGAUGAUAGUGAACCACGUGAACUGGGCAGAUACUGGGAUUCUUAUGAUAAGAAAGAAAAAGAAAUAGGCAAGGAAAGGAGUACAAAGCGAUACGAAAGUAAUAGAAUUAAAACAAAUAGAUAGUAAGAGUGCUCAUGCACAAUAUGAUUAGGUCAUAAAAUUAGGUACAUUAUGUAUAGUUCGAAAUAAAUCUUUUAUAUAAGGAAA